AUGGCUCCUGCCACUCGUCUUGCUGCUCUCGCUGCUCUGCUGGGAUUCUUUGUGUGGCGUAACGGACACUCCGUCAAGUUCCUCUUCCAAAGCAAUGAUCUUCCGAUCGCCUACUUUUCCGGCGGAUCUCAUGAAACUGGGUGCUCAAUCGUCAAGGAUGAAGUACGGAACGAGCUCAGGUACUGCGAAGACGAGACGUUUUGGGACCUCGUGAAUCCCCUAUCUGGAACAUUGGAGGACAGACUCUUGAUCCUCAGUUGUGAUCCGGGGAGAAAACAGUGGAACACUGUCAUGGGUCCGUUGAAGAAUCCGGACCCGCAUGGCGCACUUUGGGUGUAUCCCACGCGCAGUGCUCGUGUAUCCGAGUCUAAACCCAGGAAAAUCGAGUUCAAAGGAUACCCUGAUGGUCAUGACUUUCAUCCGUUGGGGGUAGAGGUCUACCCUGCGACUUCACCGAAAGACGAAUCGUACAUGUACGUGGUCAAUCAUGGGCGAGCGAAGACGACGAUCGAGCAGUUCACCAUGUCGUGGUCGGAUCCCACCGUCGCCACACACGUCCGCACGCUAUCCUCGCCCCACUUCGUCUCCCCGAACAGCAUCGCACUCACCUCACCGACAUCAUUCUACGUGACGAACGACCAUUACUUCACUCGAAGACUUCCCGGCUUCCUCGGGAAGACGCUUCCACUGAUCGAGACGGUCCUCGGACUUCCACUUUCCUGGGUCGCUCAUGUCUCAAUCAUCGGAACAGCUGAAGACUCGGCCUUCACCGUCGAACACAAAGUCGCAGCGAGCAACCUCGCAUUCGCUAAUGGUAUCUCUAUAUCUUCCUCAGGCUCUACAGUCGCCGUCGCCACCACCGCUCUGGGUGAAGUCCUACUUUACACCCGCGACGUCGCCACGAACGGCCUAACCUACUCCUCCCGGAUCCCUGUCCCAUUCUACCCCGACAAUGUCGCAUUCUCGCAUUCUCACUCUCGGACUCCAGCUGGAGCAGAAGACGUACCCAUUAUAACGGGACAUCCGGACUUUCCGGCUCUUAUCAGAGUGGCGGAAAGCGUUACAGGCGCCGUUGCGCCUUCCUGGGUUCUAUCGCUCACCCCGACUCCUCAACCCGAGAUCAUAUUGCCCUCUUCUCCAGGGUCAAUCGUGGCGCCGAAAGAGUAUGAUAUGGAGGCGCCGUUGUCGGCGAGUAAAAAGGCGAGGGGAGUGAGCAGUCAUGUAGCGAGGACGAUGUAUCAAAGCAACGGAACAGGAUUUAGUGGGAGUACGACAGGGCUAUGGGACGCGUUGGCGGAUGGGGAUGGGAAGACAAAGGUGAAAGGGAAGUUGUAUGUGACAGGGCUCUAUCAUGAGGGAUUUAUGAUUUGUGUUGAGACUUAG